ACGACGACUCCUUAUGGCGAGGCGCCAAACGCUUCUACAGCAAUGACAGUGCCUCCUGUGAGCGGGUAUGUAGUCUCACCCCUGCAGAAUGGGUUAUUGCCCAAUCAAAACGCAAACUUCUUAGCAAACGAGGGUCAAACAACGAGAUGUAUCCACCCACAGACAAGAAAUGACAAUAACGCCCUAAACGAAAUAUAUCAACCAACUUAUCCAGUUGCACAGGAGAAUCAAGCUGCUUUAGGAGAGGGAUAUCAAGCUGAAAAUACUCUGUUCAUCAGUAAUCAGACAUCCGACGACGACUCGUUAACAGACAGCACAGAACGGAACCGGGACAGAGCUGUCGGCAUAUCCUCCAGCAGAAGGCACAAGGUUAAGGCCGUCUCAAGUAUGCGAGUGUUUGUCACCGGUGGCAGCUGUGCGGACGAGAUGAAGAGGAUUAAACUCGACCUGAGGUGGAUAGAGCAGUUGGGCGUGUCGGUGGACUGGGAUGAUGGCGAUAUCCUGGAAGUUGGCACAGGAAAAUGGAUAAAGAUAUUUAAUUCGCAGGCGAAUCUGGUGCUGAUUGGAGUAACUAAGAGUUACGUCACGAACGUAAAGAACAGAGACUGGCUACCGAGGGCGGCGAAGAUCAACGAGGUGGUUCAGAACGAACGGUUACAUUUUGAAGGGAACAACAAACGAUUUAUGAAUAUUGUGUUCACACAGACAGGUCUCAAGAAAAGUGAGCUUCGUAGCGAACUCAAAUUUGCCAUUUAUUGUUUUCCUGGUAGUAAGGGUGAAUUGGAAACAAGUCUCAGAAAAAAGUUAAGAUAGCUUCCAUGUUGAUCUGGAUAGAGUGAUUGCCUUUAACAGCGUGAACUGAUGAUGACGUCACGUGUGGAUACAUAUAUAGCAAAGCCUGUGAUAUAGUGUGUACUGUGGUAUAGUGUAUAAAGAUUAUAUAAUCCUGUGAAAGAUAAGUAGAAAUCAAAAGAUAUACAAAUGAAACAACUGAAAUGAUUGGAUAUAAAGGACGACAUGACUAGCACGUAUUUCCAUUGACUCUGCCAUAAUAUGUCAAACCUUGAUGUUACUAUAACGUCAUGUAAGAUGAAGCUCAGACCUAGAUAUCACGAACUAGCGGUCUCAGAUUUACGCCUUAGGUUUGAGACUUAUUCUUAACGUGUGGUAUCGUUCCUGAACUCAGAUUUGAACUUAAAUUGUAAAAUCACAAGACUGACAACUCCAAAGGUAAGUCACAGUUUUUACCUCUUUUGAAGUUAAGACAAAGUUUGACAUAAGUCUAUGGAACAGCUUGGCGGCCCUGAAACCAGGAAUUGCAUCAUUGAUCAGCCUCUGGUUAGUUGCAUCUGACAUGUGAUAAGUAGCCAUCCACGUCUUGUAUACACGUCAAGAAUAUUUCAUAUUGCUUAAAUCUCAUAAGCCAAAUAUUCAGAUUGAUUUUUUGAGAAAAUUAUUUUUAUAUAUUUUGUCUUUUGUCAACAUUUUGAUUGUAAUUUGAUGUUCAAUGUGUUUUAUACGAAUACAUUCACUACAGCUGGUGCUAUGUAUUUGGCAGGAUUCGGCUUUCUACUAUUCAUGAACUAUUCAUGAAUUAUUCAUGAACUAUUCAUGAACCUUGUACAUCCUCUUGUCGUCAUGUUACAAUGCUGUACAUAUAAUUCCUCUCUGAUAGAUUUAACGGCUUGAAUUGUUAAUUUUUGUGAAUAACUUUGUAGACUGGGCGUACAUUGCUAUAGAGUAGACAAAGAGGUUUUGUUCUUCUGACAUUUGUAAUGCUGUGAAGUAUUGUUCUUAUAAUAUUCAUUACCCUUCCUUGUUAUUGCUAGUUAUCAACCCCAUAGGUGUUUAUUUGUGUCAAUAUGGAGGACCGGGUCAUGAAAUGGAUCCAGAAACAUUGAACAAUUCCUUACCGGUGAAAUUGUCUGUUUUUCUUUAGUGACGGAAUUUGCACAUUUAGCAAUGACCGAGAUCUGCACUCUCCGAUGCCCUCCAGUCUCUCUUUUUUUAAAUCUCAGUUCCAAGUUUUAGCACCACCAGUUCGACCUCUUCCGCCGAGAACCAGUAAUCAAUGCCAUCUUGACAUGACUGUUUUCACACUGUAGGACAAGUUUUAGCAAUUCUACAGUAUUUUGAAACUCUAUUAAAAACGCACAUUCUUAUGGCCUAAAACGAACAAAACCAUUAUUUUUAUGUUU